GUCGCAAUCGAAAUCCCCCCCCCCCUCCGACUUUUUAAAGUUUGGCGUUAAGGGAUGUAGAAGAAAGUUAAUGGGCGUUUUCCCUACUCUUACCCUGCGUGUGAUAUGUAAGCACGCAGUAUCGGAUUAUAAAGAGGGAGGAGAUGGUGUUUGAUGGCGUCAAUGCAGCUGCAGCGAAUGCGGUGGUGGGGUGUAUGUUAAAAUUAUAACCACAGCUGUUGUUGCGCAAAUGGUAGCUCGAAACUCGCCCCAAUAUUUCCUCCCCCUGUCUGCGCCCAUAGCACGAUGUAAUGUGAAACAUUUCGCAUGGCAGUGUGGUUCACGUGUUUUUUACGUCGUUGUUGUUAUUAUUGUGUGAGAAGCUUGUCAUGAUUGUUGCGACACCGGUUCAGUGCGACCCGGACAGCUUUCCGAUAACCUAGGACAACUUCUACGAGACGCCUAUAUUGUGUUGUUGACAACCUUGGCUUCCAGUGUCACUGUUCUAGGGGAGAAUGGUGGUUUUUGUUUGUACUUGUUCCGAGAUAACAUUACUUAGCCGGGCACCAUGAAUAUGGGAAUAAGCACUUCCUCCAUGCGCCGGCGUGGCUGCCUCUACGGCAUAGUGCUCGUGCUGAUACCGUGCACGGUGCUGAUCGUGGUGAUCGGUACCGACUACACAACCGAACAGUCGAUGUCGCAGCGCAUGGCCGAGUUUCAAAUGCGCAUGCAGUAUCUGGAGUCGAUGUAUCGCACCAAGCAGGAGGAUGUGGCCAUCCUGUCCCAGUACCUGCGGCUAGCUGCGCUGAACGGGGCCAACGGGGUUACCGGCGCUACUAGCUCGACCGAUGGUGCGAACGUGUCGCUCGCCAACUUGGAUCUGCUCGACGGCCUGAGCCCGGACUCGCGCUCCCUCAUACGGAACGUCACGUCGACGACCCGGCUGGCGGAAUCGUUGAAGCUUCCGACCGCUUUCCACUUCCUGCCGCACCUGCUGGACGAUUCUGCCUCACUGCAGCCGAGCUACAUCGAGAGCAAGAAACGGCAGGGCGUCUCGAUCGUGAUCGGAAUUCCGACCGUCAAGCGCGACAAGCAAUCGUACCUCGUCGAAACGAUCGACAAUCUCAUCUCGAACAUGGACGAGGAGGAACAGAACGACACGAUGAUCGUACUGUUCGUAGGCGAAACGGACCUGGACUACGUGCGGACGGUAGCGCAGGAGAUACGGACGCGCUUUGCUAGCUACAUCGAUAGCGGCUUCAUCGAGAUUAUUGCGCCGGCCGCGUCCUACUACCCGAACAUGAACAAUCUGCGGCAAACGUUGAAUGACUCACAGGAUCGAGUGCGGUGGCGCUCAAAACAGAAUCUCGACUUUGCGUUCCUGAUGGCGUACGCGCAACCGAAGGGUGCCUUCUAUCUCCAGCUCGAGGACGAUAUACUCACGAAGAAGGGCUUUGUGACGAUAAUGAAAAACUUUGCACUGGAGAAAACAGCGAAAAAAGAACACAGCGAAUGGUUCGUGCUUGACUUUUGUCAGCUAGGUUUCAUAGGAAAAUUGUUCAAAUCUGCCGAUCUGCCUUGGUUAAUAACAUUCUUCCAAAUGUUUUUCAACGAUAAACCAGUCGACUGGCUGCUUUCCCAUCUAAUAUACGUGAAGGUGUGCAGUGUGGAUAAAGAUGGCAAAAGCUGCAAGCAGGAAAUGUCUAAACUGUGGAUCCACUACAAACCCUCGCUGUUUCAGCACAUCGGAACGCAAUCGUCGCUCAGGGGCAAGGUGCAAAAGCUGAAAGACAAACAGUUCGGUAAGAUACCGAACUUCCAUCCGCAUCGCAAUCCACCGGCGGUCGUGCGGACCGGGAUACAGCCGUACAAAUCAUACACGCUGCAGAAAGCGUACUUGGGCGAAAGUUUCUUCUGGGGACUAAUGCCCCAACCAGGCGAUCUGAUCGAGUUCAAAUUCAAGCAGCCAACUAUUGUGCGGAGAUUUCUCUUUCGAAGUGGUAACUUUGAGCAGCCUUCCGAUCGGUUCUACAACACUACCGUAGAAGUGCUGCCUGCUAGCGGCAACACAUCGCUCAUCAGUGCUGCAUUGCCAUUCAACGUGACGAAGGAUGGAUUUCUUGUGGUUGGUAGUUUCAAUAAUAUCGGCAUAGCGGAUGGUGUGAUCGAUUCCAAAAUAGGUAAACUCAAAGAGCUACGGUUGCAUGUGAACAGCGACAGCCAGAAUUGGGUUAUACUGAGAGAGAUCUACUUGCAGAGUAACAGUGUUCGGUGACAGAAACACUACCGAAUGUUGGAUCCGUUCGGUGCGAGCGAUAUCAAACGGCGAGGCGCAAGAGCGCUGGUCGCUUCGGGCAAACAGCAGCAGCAGCAGCAGCAGCAACAUAUGGUUAAACAAAAUAGCAGCACAAUGCUACGACAGACACGCCGCCGCAUGUUGCCAUCGGUUAAACUUUCCAAACGAAACGAUAAAUGGGUGGAACAUGCACCACCUGCAAAAGCAAUUGGCGCUAAGAUAGUGAUCCAAACUGCGAACGCUAAGGCAAUAGCAUGAGAAUUAAUGGUUAAGCGCCUAAAGUACACGCCGCCCGGGUACGUCUGAUGCAGCUAACUAUGGCUUUGACCGUGCACCAGAAAGGCACUUUAGUUUCAUGUACGGCGUUAUGUUCCUCGGGCAAUAGGUAAGCAUGUACAGUGUUAUAUAGUUGGAAGGACGGUAUGCAGCGUUAGAACGUCUAAAAAAUGUGAUCAUCGAAUAUUGUGGUGUACUCAAUGGAAUCGCACAGCAAGAUAUGAUAUUGUGUAGUAUUAGCUAUUAUGUCGUGUUAUGUAGGAAAAGAAUUGAACCGCAAAAUCAAUCCACACCCUCCCUUUCCCGCGCAUUAAAAUGUGGGGCUUAAGUUAGGCACAUUUGUUUUGUAUUGCUGUUGGUGUAACCGCCGGGUAUAUGUGGUUGAAGAAAAAUUGUCUGUCUGUAUGUUUGUGUGUAUAUGUACGUGUAACCAGUUUAGGGGGCAGUUCGGUGUAUGUGGUAAAACUAAAACGCAUUAGGUGUGUGUUUGUGUGUUUCAGUAACGGAAUGAUGAUUGUUAUGUAUUAUAAAUAUGUAUAACAGUAACCCAUAUUUAGCUGCCAAACCGUUAUCACUAUGUUGAAGAAAUAUUUGUAACAUAAUUACUUGAAAGGUCCUCUGCUACAUUUUUUACAAACACACAGACAUUUUUUACGUUGAAUCUCUUAAUAGAAUCUUAUUAUUAUUAUUUUUUAAUUAUACGUUUAAUCUUUUUGCCUUUAUCUCAAAAUAGUAACUUCCAUUCUUGAUGCUCUGUUACACAUAAUGACAUUCUAGCUCUGUUUUAUUUAUAAUAUUUUGCAACAUCACGUUUAAAAAAAAAAUAGAGUACGAGUGCCACCGCCUUGCAAUGGAGUCUCCGAAAAAAAACUCCUGAAGAUUUUACUCAUUUUUAAGAGACGUGAUUUGCCUCAAAAGCACGUUUUACCAACAAUGUUAUAAUAAUUAUUUUAGAGAGCGCAGUUGUUUUAGUAGAUUUGUAUGUGUUUUUUAAUUGUUUUCUAUAAUCAUGUGUUACACACUACACAAUUCCUUCCACGAAACAAGAACCUGUGAGGAGGAAGUUGUGCAUUUUGUCUUCUCCUCUUGCAUUACUUAAUAACUAUUUCCCCCUGUAAUUAACUUUUGUGUUUUAAAAUUAAAUAUCAGCAUUAAUGUCCCAAUAGGAAUGCUGUGAGCACGCUAUAACGGGUCUAGUAAAUUGCGCAAAUUAGUAGCUUUACUGUUUGUUUUUAGCAUUGUUUAUAACACAAAAAACGUACGUGAGACUCGAGGGAGAGAGAACGAGAGACAAACGAGUGUUUUGUAUCAAUUGUAUGUGUGCGUGUGUAUGUGUGUGUGUGUUAGUGUAUAGGGCGAAGAAAGAUAAUUUGUCUCAUUCGAUAUUGAUUAAUCGUUUUGCUGCAAUAUCGAUUGCCAAUCAUAGUUUCUUACUUACCAUUCGUACCACGUUCAAGCAUGCACAAAUGUAAACCGAUACGUUCUAAACGAUAAGUCAAAUGCCUUUAUAAAAGAAACUUUGUAAAAAAACAACAACAAAUCGCAACGACUUACGAGAAAAUUGACUAAAAACAAACACACGUUUUAUUAAGACUUAACGGAAUCCCCAAAACAGGUGUUAAGCCUUUUACUCCGUGGGUGUUAGUGCGGCGGGAUUGCAGAGGCAAGUUAGCUUUCUGUCUUCUCCGCUCCACCGACGGGGAUUAGUAUGGCUUUUGUAAUCUUUUGUGCUGUGGUGUUGUAAAGAGCAAACAUUGGUGUCCUUUAUUCUUGAUUUAGAUUAUUGGUAAAUACUCGUCUAAAGGCUAAAUGUGAACCUAAAACGUGACAGCACGUGUGAAGCAAUAGUGCGUUGUGCUGGGGGGAGAAGGUGAUACGAGAAGGGGUCGUGAUUUAAUCUGCACGUGCACUGCGUUCGUUCCUAUUAAUUCGUAUUCGAGCAUAGCGAAAUCAAUAAAAAGUAUAAUCAAAAUAAUGCUCCCAUUGUUACCAUCGAUAGCGUGUGCCGUUAAUGUGGAAUGUAAUCGUAAGCACGUUUUCUUGUCGCGGUUUAUGCAAAAUGCUAAGGACAUUGCUCUAACUCGAUCGUCUUGUUCAAUGCUGGUUGUGGUGAAUGUGGUCGUAUGCGUGUUACUCCGUCGAUUCGUUUGAGAGACAUUGCGAUACAUAGUAUCAUAUAGCUACCAUACACAACGCUGAGACCAAUAGGAGGAGCAUUAAAAUUUGCGUAAUAUAACAGUUCAUCUGUGAAACAAAUCAUUCUGUUGUUUCUGAUUUUCAUUGAAUCGCUCGUUUGGCUAAAAAAGCUCACCAUCGGCACAAAUAUCAUGAUGCUUAUGCUAAUUCAGCAAAAGUAAAAGAAAAAACACAGAUAAACAAAAUGAAACACUACCUAGUAUUUGUCAUCACUACAGCAAAUGCGGAAAAGUUGAUCAAUAAUCGUUCGGAAGCGUGCCAGAUGCAGAUUUUAGGAGAAAUCAUUCCACGAAUUAAAACAAAACCCAAGCUAAUCAUAGACAUCAAGCAAACCAGCGUUAGAAAUCAAAAGAAAACAAAUAAUAAUGACGGAACCGUGUUAGCUAACCAUGUUGAAGAGCCUAUACAUACAUAUUAAAGAGCAAACAAUCCAGUAAUGAGAAACUAAAUUUAUGACGGUAAACUUUAAAAACCAAUGGUGCAUGGUGUCAAAUAAAAGAGCUUCGUUUGAAUAUACAAAUUACGUGUUUGUGUUUGUCAAUUUAGCUUUUAUCCUUGCAGGUU